AUGGCGCCUUCCAUUAUCCUAAUCGGUACUCGCCAGCUCACAACCACUCAUAGCUUCUUGACUUCACCUAUCGUUGAGAUUAUCGUUGGGAAAGGCGACGAUGAAACUGUUAUGACAGCUCAUCAAUCUCUCCUGAUGGAGGCACCACUACUAGCCGAAUUUGUUAAAAACUUCGAAGCGUCAGGUCCGCGACGCAUCAACCUACCGGACGAGGACGUCGAUGCCUUCGGUUGCUUCCUCCAGUUCCAGUACACGCGUGAUUACACUGUCAUUCAAACCGAAACAUCUGGGGAGACAGCUGAAGACAAAAGCGGUGACGAGUUGCUGCGCCAUGCGCGCAUCUACACGCUUGCAGAGAAGCUGGGCCUGCCAACCCUCCAGCGCAUUGCCCAUGGGAAGAUCCAUAAGGUCAAGAGCUCACCUGACGCAGAGCUUUCAUACGCCCGUUACGUAUACACCCAUACACCAACAACAGACACUACCAUCCGGAAGCCUGUGGCGACUUACUGGGCGAAUCAAAGUCACUUGCUGCGCCAGGAGGUUGGGGACGACUUCAAGAAGCUGUGCAUUGAAGUUCCAGAGUUCUCCUUUGAUGUCCUGACUAUCAUUUUGGAUCGCAAACUGAAGAACGGAUCGGAUGAGAUCAAGGGAAGUGCGCGCAAGCGUAGAAGAGACAUCUAG